UCGCGGGAAACCCCGGGUGUUCCGUUAGGUGCUGGCGGCGGGAAUGGCAGGCUCAGGGAACCUGGUCCUGCGGCCCUGGAUUCGAGAGCUGAUCCUGGGUUCAGAGAUACUGUCAAGUCCACAAGCCGGCCAGCUGCUCAAGGUACUGCAGGACUCGGAGACCCCGGGUCCAUCCGACGCCCCGGACGUCCACGUUUCUGAGGUCGGGGCCAUGCUCCUGGUGUCGGACGGAUUCCACAGUGUCCGGUGCCUCGUGACGCGCGAGGCCCUCAACAGCUCUGACUGGGAGGAGAAAGAGUUCGGAUUCCAUGGGGCGGAGGGCCGGAUGCUGCUGCUGCAGGUGUGCGAGGUCCGCAUCCAGGUCGCUGAGGGCCGCACGCCUGCGGAGUUCUAUCUCCAGGUGGAUCGCUUUAACCUGCUGCCCACAGAGCAGCCCCGGAUACACGUAACUAGUUGCAACCAGGACUCAGAUGUGCAGAAAAAGCUCCAAGACUGCCUUGAGGACCACCUUUCAGAGUCUACUUCUUCCAGUGCAGGACUAACACUGUCUCAGCUUCUGGAUGAGGUACAGGAGGACCAGGAGCAUCGAGGGGCACUGGUACGCCUGGCUGAGAGCUGUCUGAUGCUGACAGGCCCUGGCACACCCACCUCUGUUACCCACUGGACUGCCUCCCGCUGCCAGUCCACAGGAGAACCUGUGUACACUGUGUCCAGCCUAUUGCUGCAUAUUUCCGAGAAUGACCAGCAAAUUCUGAACUCUAUAGACUCAAGUCAGAAGGCACCAGGAACUCCUGCCUCACCCAGAAGCAUCCCAUUGGAGGAGAGUGGUGCCAGUGUCAGCCUUCUGUCAGCCUUGGCUGCUCCAGACCCUGGGCAGAGGGGCAGCUUCCAGACCUCACCAACUGUCUAUUCACCCUCCCCCAGACCCCAGGCCCCCAGUUCCCCAACCCAAAGUUGUACACUCAGUACCCCAUUCCUGAGCUGCACGUCCAGUCCCAUACCCCUUAGCCUUGCCCCCAGUCCACACCAGGACCAUGCAACUGGAAUCCAGAGACGUAGCCUGGAGAUCAGGAUGCUAGGGCCGCCACUCAAGAAACGGCAGCUUUUUCCAAGGACAGGAGCUCAGGAGCCCUGCCCUGUUAGGGAUUCCCUAAAGAGGCAUCAUGAUGGUUCUGCCUUUCAAUAUAAGUAUGAGCCACCCUCUGCCUCCCUCCGUGCUCAGGUCCAAGCUACCAGGCUCCCUCCUCAGCUUGUGGCUUGGGCCUUGCACUUGGUGAUGGAGCAAGAGUCUGAAUUAACUCAGGGGUCACCGUAAGCAUAUCAGAGGAUAUGUACACACAGGUCGAUGGACAGACAGUGCUCCAUACUCUGUUUCAUUCAAGUUUUUUAAUAAAAUAAUUUCAUGCGGCA